CUAUUCUGUUGUCUGAGUCUGGGGAUCGCGUCACAGCCUAUGAGCAGGACAGAACAUUGGAGAGAGUGACGCAAAUGGGUUGUCGAGCGGUGGGAGGGAUUAUUCUUACAUUUCACAUUUAAUCGCUUUUCAAAGUCUAGGAGUCGUCAAUUAGGGUUAGGUAGUAGAUGCAGGUUCACUAUCAUCAUAGCCCAUCUAAAAGCGCACGGCACCGCAUCCCAACCGUCGCUCUGCACCACAAAGCGCUCCUGAUGAGCAGGGUCUUCCAUUCCAUCCUGAGUCCAACUGCCAGUUCAGUUGAGAAAACUCUGCAAAGGAGCGUCGGAAAUCGGAGUUGAUUUCGUUGGUUUUCUAUUAUUUAAACACCUGACUAAAUUGCAGUAUUUGGAGAAAAACUCUGCCAUCAUCCAACAUCAAUUCAGUUGGAUUUAAAGUUAUGGCACUAUCAAUGCUGCGCAGCAGUUUGCUUUUGCUAUGUGUGACAACUAUCCAUACUUGCCAUGGUGGCCGACAGAACUGCAUGGACAAACACCAGGUGGUUGGUGUUCUCCGUCAGAUGGAGAGGUUUCUGAAGGGACAGGAGAUGAGGUUCACAGAGGGACUACGCAUCAUGAAGUCCAAACUGGCAAUCCUACAGAACUCUGUGUCCAAGCUACCGCAGGCCGAUCAGUCGGCUGCUCCAUCCGUUUGCCCCUCCCUGGAAGUCCCUGUCCACGGGAGGAAGUUUGGCUCCAAGUAUUUAAUCGAUCAUGAGGUCCAUUUCACCUGUUCUCAUGGUUACCACCUGGUGGGCGUCGAGACACGUGUGUGUCAGGAGAACGGGAGUUGGAGCGGUGUCAACACCAUCUGUAAAAGUAAAGAUGUGAGUGAGUGCUCCAGUAACCCAUGCCAGAACGGAGGGACAUGUGUAGAGGGAGUAAACCAGUACAGGUGCACCUGUUCACAGAGCUGGAAUGGAUCCAACUGUCAGCACCAGACACAGACAGCGCCGCCCGAGUGGAGCGUCAUGAACGACCCGGCGUUCAGCAGACGUCCCCGCUGUGCCAAAGUGGACGGCGCCCAACACUGCAGCUGCGACGCUGGCUUUCACAUGAGUGGGACAUCUGACAACAGUAUCUGCCAGGAUGUAAAUGAGUGUGAGGUGUACCGGCUGGACCAGGGGGGCAAGCUGUGUGUGUACGAGUGUGUCAACAUACCAGGCUCCUACCACUGCUCCUGCCCCAGCCACUAUAAGCUGCUGCCUGAUGGUAGGAGCUGUGAGGAUGUGGAUGAGUGUCUGACCCAGCAGCACAACUGCAGUAGAGGAACAACAUGUAUCAACACAGGAGGAGGGUUCCAGUGUGUGAGCCCGGAGUGUCCCCGAUCACACAGCAACAUCAGCUACGUCAAGACGUCUCCCUUUCAGUGUGAGAGGAACCCCUGCCCUAUGGAGAGUCGUUCCUGUCACCUGGCUCCUAAGACGGUCUCCUUCCACUACCUCUCCCUCCCCUCCAACCUCCAGACCCCGGCUACCCUGUUCCGCAUGGCGACCGCAGCCGCCCCCGGCCGCCCCGGCCCCGAUAGCCUGCGAUUCGGCAUUGUCGGGGGCAACAGCCGCGGGAUGUUCGUGAUGCAAAGGUCGGACCGCCAGACGGGCGAAUUGAUCCUAGUUCAGAGGUUAAGAGGGCCACAGGAUAUCAGCGUUGAUGUGGACAUGUCAGAGUAUAGUGAUCGCACCUUCCAGGCUAAGCAUGUGGCGAAAGUGCAUGUUCUGGUAUCAGCGUAUAACUUCUGAGGAGGAUGGAUGGACAGAGGAACGAGUGAAAGGGACAGAGGGAGGGAGAAGAGGAACGAGUGAGAGGGAGAAGGACGGAGAAAGGGAGAAGAACGGAGAAAGGGAGGAGGAGAGAGGGAGGAGGAGAGAGGGAGAAGGACAGAGAGAGGGAGGAG